AUGGGUUCUGGAAGCAUGUUGGCCGGGUUGAAUCGGCUUUGGAAAACUGGGGUUGGGUCACCAAAGGAAUGGUGGGAGUUGGAUCUCUGCAAAGACUAUUUGGACCAUGGUGACCAAGUGCUUACAUGUCAGCUUUGUAGUGCAAAGUUAUGGGCAUCGGAAGGUGGAAAAGGUCGUUUAACUUUAAAUAAGCUGUGUUAUGGUAUGUGUUGUGGGUAUGGUAAAGUUCAGCUACCGCCUUUAAAGGAUGCACAUCCGUCUUAUCAAAAUUUGUUUUCUUCCUCAAAUCCAAAAAGCAAGUUCUUCCUGAAGAAUAUAAUACGAUACAACUCUAUGUUCUCUUUUACAUCUAUGGGUGGAAAGCUUGAUUCUAAUAUCAACAAGGGCAAUGCUCCAUUUAUAUAUCGUAUCAGUGGCCAAAACUAUCAUUGCAUGGGGAGUCUCAAACCUCCAGCUGGAAAUGAAGCUAAAUUUUGUCAGCUAUACAUACAUGAUACUGAAAAUGAAAUAACAAACAGGCAGGCAUUAUUCAGCAAAAGAACCAAACCUUCAUCGCCUGCUGAUAAAGAACUUGAUGUUGAAAUGAUAAAGUAUUUGAGGGCUUUAUUAGAUUCACAAAAUAUGUUGGUUAAGACAUAUAGGAUGGUCAGAAACCAUUUUCACCAAUCUCCAGAUGCCAACCUUAGUCUUCGACUAAUUUAUAGAAGAGAAAAAGACGGCAUGACAUAUGACUUACCCACCACAUCUGAAGUUGCUGCUUUGGUUGUCGGAGACAUAAAUAAAGCUAUAGACCAUCGUGAUAUUGUUUUCCAGACGCAGUCGGGAAUGCUGCAGCGUAUUAGCGAAUUACACCCAUCGUAUCUUGCUAUUCAAUAUCCGUUACUUUUUCCAUAUGGUGAUGAUGGUUAUAGAGUUGAUAUUCCUCAUAGAGAUUUUAUGUCCACACAAAAGAAAAUAAAACCAAAGUGCACAAUGAGAGAAUUUUUUUCAUAUAGGAUCCAAGAUAGAACUUAUGGCUUUUCCUUAAUUUUAAAUGGGCGAAGGUUGUUACAACAGUUUUUGGUUGAUGCGUACACAAUGAUUGAGAGCGAAAGAUUAAAUUACAUUCGUAGGCAACAAGCGAACCUUCACUCUGAAACAUUUGAGAAUCUUCAAAAGUAUAAAUCUAAAGGUAAGGAAGUUUUAACAGAUACCGGAAAGCCUGUUAUACUUCCUUCUUCAUUUACUGGUGGUGCAAGACUCAUGCAACAAAAUUACCUCGAUGCAAUGGCCUUAUGUAAGUGGUUUGGGUACCCUGAUUUCUUCAUAACUAUAACAUGUAAUCCUAAGUGGCCUGAAGUAAAAAUAUUUCUAAAAGAUUCAACCAUCAAAGCCGAAGACAGGCCUGACAUAUUAUGUCGAUUGUUUAAAAGGAAGCUUGAUUCCUUAAUCAAAGAUUUUAAGGAUUUCAAGUAUUUUGGUGAGAUUAAUGCUGUUGUUUAUACAGUAGAAUUUCAAAAGCGUGGUCUUCCUCAUGCACAUAUGCUUAUUCAUGAAGGUCGAUCACAAACUUCCAACCAUUGA